AGGGCAUGCCCAGCAGAGCGGCUGGCAGAGCGGAGCUCGGCGGACAUGGGACACCUGUGCCACCAGCAGCGCCCCGCGGGCACCCCCGAGCGCAGCCCGAGGAACGGAGGAGACCCGGGUGCGGCGCUGCCCGGGGCCCCGCUGCUCCUCCUCCUCUUCGUCCUCCUCGCUUCCUCGAUUUCUGCUUGCAAAGGUGCACCAAUGCCAUCCCAAGCACUCGAGUCAGAUGAGGAUCUGCAGCUGUUGAGAGAGAUAGAUGAUGCAUGUUCUGCUUACCUGUCCACAGAUUCUCAGCCUCAGGUAUCCAGUACACUGGAAGAACUUUGUUUUUUGAUCAUGGGAUUUCUCCAGAAACCACAGGGUUUAGAUGAGAAAGACAACACCAAAAGGUUCUUAUUUCAUUACUCUAAGACUCAUGACUCGGGGAACUCAGACAUCAUGUCAUCUGUCCUGCAUCCUUUACUGCAACUCGUUCCUCAGCUAAAUGAGAGAAGACUGAAGAGAUACAAACUGGACGAAGAACUUCAAGGACCUGGAAUGAUUCAAAGCAGAGGCUACUUCUUCUACAGGCCACGUAAUGGAAGGAGAUCAGUGGGUUUUCGCUAAGGAGGAUUAUGGAUUCCUGACUUAGAACUAAAACUGCAAGAAUGCUGAGUACAUGGACAUACUGUUUUCCUUACAAUAAUUAUUCAUUAUUAAUGUACAAUUAGAAAUCACUUGAAUGUAAAUAUUCUUAAACCAGAUUCUGUUAAGGUCUUUACUAUCUUGAUUAUAUUAAAAGCAUAUUAAAAUUC